AUGGACACCCUCCCCACCGUCCUACGCGACCUCCCCCCGCUCUACAAAGCGCCAGCCACUCUUCUCGCCCUCGCCUUCGCCACCUACCUCUGGCUCUUCCCCAUUGCCAACGCACGCAUCCCCUUCCGCAACCUGCCCGACCCCGGCCCGGGUCACUGGCUCCUAGGCCACGCACUGGCCAAUUUCCACCCACCUUCCCCCAACGCUGCUCACAUCGACCUCCACAAGACUCACGGUCACACCAUCAAAUACAGGACCCAGCUCGGUAACUUUGAAGUCUCCACCAUCGACCCCACUGCCAUCUCGUACAUUGUCAACAACCCCAACAUCUUUGUCAAACCCCCGGCGGCGCGCAAGUGGCUGGAAUGGAGGAUCGGCCAUGGUGUCUCGACCGCUAUGGGAGAUGAUAACAAGCAUCAGAGAAGGCUCAUGGGCCCGAGCUUUAGUGCAGCGGCAAUGAGGGAUAUGGUGCCGGUGUUUCACGACGUCGCCUACGAGCUCAGCGACAAAUUUCGCAGUCCGGUCGUCGACAGAGAGGGCGCGCCCAGUCCUCCUUCUCCAUCCCCUCCCAAGCCCAUCGACGCGGUACCCGGAGGCGGCAAGAUAGACGUCUUAAAGUACAUCGGUAUGGCCACGUUUGACGUCAUGGGCCUUACAGGGUUUGGUCAUGCGUUCAGGGCCUUGUCGGAGCAGCCAAACACGCUCACGGACUGCAUGCAUUCUUACCUCGCGGCAUUCUUCAAGACUGGGAUUUCAGACUUUUUGGCUGCAAUGUACAGUAUUCAGCUUCCGACAAAGAGCAAUCGUACUAUCAACGAGGCAAGGAAGAUGAUUCUCGAGUUUGCCAACACGGUUGCUCCUCUAACCCUCGCUUCGAAGAGGAUCGCUAGAGAGAAAAGGGAGCAAAUCUUUGAACAGACCCACGGCGAAGGUAUACACAAGAAACAGGAUGUUGGCAAGGAUCUGCUUUCCAUUCUCAUAAAAGCCAACAUGGCUUCCGAUCUGAAGCCAAACGAGCGCCUUUCGGAUGAAGUGGUUGCUGAUCAGAUCAUGACCUUUUUGGUGGCCGGCAGCGAGACUGUCGCCACUUCACUUUCCUUCUUUCUCGAUCUCCUCGGUAAACACCCCAACAUCCAGGAUCGACUUCGUUAA